AUAGUUUUAUAAUUUUGGUGAACAAGUUUCAUGCAGUUAUUACCAUUCGACAUAAAUCAGUCCGUCAUUGUAGAUAAGUAUGGGCUGAAAAUGAUUGAACCGGGUUAACCGUACAAAUCCUGAUCAACCCGGAUUAAAGCAAAUUAAAAUCUAAUUUUAAAACGUCAAAGGCAGUUUUUUUUUCUGUUGCAAUCGCAGUUUCCAAGUCGGCGUUUUCCACGGUAUAAAACAGAAACGAAAGCGCCAAAAAGAAAAGAAACGUUGAUUAUUAUCUCUCAAGUCUCUGAUUCAUCUUCGUCUUCCUCUGAGAAGCUCGCACUUACCUUCCUUCUUCCAUCGCUCUUCCUCGCAUAAUGGAGAUGCAAAGGAACGACCCAGUGGAUAGAAUCCCUCUGUUCGUAAGUGCUUUGAAUGGCGCCAUACUGGUCGCAUCUUUCAUGGCCAACCCAGCAGACAUGCCAGUUAACCUACGCCUCUCGAUGUGGCUUUUGAGCUUGUCCAUGCUGAGCGCUGCGUUGUCUUCUUUCCUUGCUAGUGGUCUCAGAGGAAGAGCUUGGAGAAGAUGCGUGGGUGAUGCGUCGUCGUCUGCUGCAGUGUUCUUUUGUGGUGGCAUCAUACCUCUGCUGUUCAUUGCAGUCUUACCAGAGCGAUUUGAUAGGAUACAGUUUCUACUGGGGGUUACAUUUGUCAUGGUCGGAGCCAUCCUAGUUGUUUAUCUCGUGAUGAGGGAUAGGAAGAUGAUCCCACUGAUCCCACAAGGUGCUGAGCAACGCCCUUUCCCUUGGCUUGUAUUCUCCGUUGGCAUGGUAGGAUCUGUUUUGGUGGUCCUAUUCGCUGCUAAGAUCAACGGCUUAAGGUCGGAGCUUUUCAAAGACACAUACGGCUGCGGUAGGUACAAUCCUACAUACAAGCUCUUCUGAUACACACUACAUAACGAGUAGUAAGAUGGAUCUUUGGCUUUGGGGUAUGGUGGUGAUAUUCUUCAUUUUUCACAUGGACAUAUUAUACUCGCUUCCUCAUUUGAUUUUCUUCAUGUACAUAUGAGCUUGGUUCCUUUGGAAACUUUAAAUACAUCAUCUCACCUUGUUGUUUGCUCUUACACAAUGUUGUGGGUUUUGAUUAGUUUGUAAAUAAAUCUUUCAUUUGAUCUUUGACU